AAGUAAAUCUUAAUGACUUUCUAUUACCAGAAGAAAUAGAAAACACUACCAAUCCUAUUCCAACCUUAGAAUCAGAAAUAGAAGAUACUACUGAUCUUAAUUCGACUGUAGAAACAGAAAUUGGAAACUUAGAAGACUCUAUAACUAUCCUUCUAACUGAUAUAUCUCGAACUAUUCAGCCAAUAACUAAAAGCCUAACCAACCCGUUUAUUGAUGAAACUUGGAAAACCCAAGUAGACAAGAUGUUGACUCAACUUGCUACUCAAGGCUGA